GUGUGCCUUGCCAUGCCCCCUCCCAAGGGCAUCCCUGUAUGGAGACCACAGAACUCUCCAAGGGAGAGAAGGGUGUUUAGCCCCCUUGGGGGUCCUGGCCGGUGCUUGCUUUCCAGAGUGUUUGGGGAGGGGUGCCUGACUGCUCCCCAUGGCCCAUCGCCAGGCGGUGCUGGAGAAGGUUAAGGCAGAGGCUCCACCAGCCCCACUGCAGGACAGACCCUCCCCAGGGACCACUGUCUAACCCGCUCACGUUGAACCUGAAACUGGAGUUGGCAUCCUGGGAAGAAAGUGGGUGAAGAUCUGCGUAAGGCGCCCACCUUUUGUGUCUUGGCUUCCCUACUCUGGCUCCAUGCACCCCUACCUAAAUGCAAAAGAGCUUCUUGGUGAGAUUGGAGUUGAAACAUGCCAUGCUUUCUUGGAGUGAAAUAGUGUCACCUAACCAGCUCCUGAGACUCCAUGACUCACCCCUCCCAAAGUCCCGGCUGUUUCCCCACCCGAGAGAGUAAAAUGCAGGGAAACGUCAGAGAUGGUGCAGAAGCCGGGUGGGGGCUGCUGCAGAAGAGCAGAGGUGUUGGCUCAGGGGCCUGCGUCUGCAGAGUCCAUGCUUUCGCUCGCCAGCCAGAGAGAAGUAGAGGACCCCACCCCAGUAAGGGACUGUGCAUGUUGCUGAGAUGCCAGCCAGUGCAGCCGUUCCAGAACCUUUAUGUCCCCCAACAGAAAUAUGAAUAGAGAUUACCCCAUAGGCAACCGUCCCAUUUUAAAACAUGUUGCACCAUUGUCCCCCAGAGCCUGCUUUAACUCAUCAGGCCGGGUACUGUGCUGGGUAUGGAAAACGCAUUCAUUGCGCCCAUAGGUGGCUAGACGAACGCCCAAUCGCUCCCCGAAGUAGCUUCAUUAUGCAGCCUUGAAAGCUGCCCCCCCAGCCCCUCCCGUCCUCACACGGAAACACCCAGACACCUGCCUACCACCUAGCGCUCAGAUAUGUGCAUGCAACAUACAACACACAGCCACACACAUAGACUGGGGCGCACACGGGCGGGGCGCUGGGGCCAUCAGCCACCCGCGGAUCAACCCCAGGCACCACUCACACCCCCUCCCACAAAUGUCGCCCUGGAGCCAGCUUUCCCUGGAUCCAGUUCAAAGGGGUGGAGACUCAGUGAGAGUCAUCAACUGCCCCUUCCCUCCGCCUUCCCAGCAGGUCUCUUAUCUCUGUCUCACAAGUCACCCCUGGCCCCUCUUCCUUCCUGGUGCUCGAAGACUCUGUCCUUGCUGGAAAACCCCCUGGCUUCUCAGCCCCGCUUUCCACCUUCGGGAAAAUACCCACUAUCUGCUGGCCGCCUUUUUCCUUUCCCGAGCGCAGGUCCCCACCGAUGGAAUCCAACCUCAAAACAGGAAGCCCCGGGCUAGUGCCCCUUCUGCUCCUGAGGCUUAGGCAAGCCAUGGGCGUGGGACGAAGUCUUCCUGAAUGCCCAGCUCCCCCCCGCCGCCUAUCCCAUGGCCCUGCCCAGAACUGAUGGCCUUCAUUAGCCCCUGGCACUUAUCUUGGAGCCGCAGCUGCCCAUAGGACGUUCCCAGCCCUUCUCUCUGCCUGCCCUGAGUCCAGCAGUGCCAUGGGGAACUGUCUGCAGUACCAGGUGGCGGAUGAGGACUCUACUAAGUUCCCCUUUGGAGACGAUAUUUGGGACGAGUUUAAUGAUUCCUAUGACCUGAACUAUAACUACAGCAAUGUGGACGCAGCUGCCCCCUGCCGCUCGUGCAGCCUGCUGGACGGCUCCUCGUUGCCCUUCUUCAUCCUCACCAGCGUCCUGGGCAUCCUUGCCGGUGGGGCGGUCCUCUUCGCGCUCCUCAGACCUCUCUCCCACUGGCAGGUGUGCCCCGAACGGCCUUUCCUGAUACAGCUGGCCGUGGGCAGCACCCUCUUCAGUACUGCGGUGCCCAUCCUGGCACCAGGGCUGAACGGUGUCCAGGGCACAGUGCUGUGCCAUCUGGCCCACAUGGUCUGGUAUGGCUCAGCCUUUGCCCAGGCUAUGCUGAUAGGCUGCCAUGCCUGCCUGGGCCCCAAAAUGAGCACAGGUCAGGUCCCCAACAUCACCCUGGGGCUCGGUGUGGGACUCUGGGGAAUGGCUAUCCUACUGGGGCUGCCAGUCACCCUGGCCACUGACACUUCCCAUGGAUUCUGCUCCGUGACAUUCAGCAAGAGCCACUGGUUUCUGCAGCUGUCACACGUCAUGGCCUGUUUCACCAUCUUCACCUUGUUGCCGCUGGGUUUGCUAGGAGCCAAGGCGCUGAUGAAAAUACUGGGCAGGUGGCCGUGUCCCUGGGUCAACGUCCUGUGGGCCUGGUUUGUGUUCUGGUGGCCCUAUGGGGUGGUUGUGGGCUUGGACUUUCUCGUGAGGUCCAAGACCUUGGUCCUGUCGACAUGUCUGGCCCAGCAGGCCCUGGACUUGCUACAGCACCUGGCAGAGGCCGUGGCCAUUCUGCACUGCGUAGCCACACCCCUGCUCCUGGCCCUGUCCUACCACCAGACGGCGCGCACCUCCCGGUCCUCCCUGCCCCUCCCGCUCAGACAGCCUUCUCAUCUGGACACCGAGGGAGCAAAGUCUUAGCUCUUUUCCCACCUGUCCACCUGAAUUAAAGUCUGCACUGCUUUUAUGAA